UUGUGGUAUAGCCAGUAUAUAACAUUGGCGCUCAGCCUUAUAUUACUCGACAAGGUCACAAUGACGGGUAAUAACGUUAACCAAACUGAACUGGACUUAAGUAAUCUCCACAAGGAAAUAACUGAAAAAUUACAGGUAAAUGGAAGAGUGAAAAGAAAAACCAGACAUCGGGCAACCAAGAGUCCACCGGAUGGGAGUUCCCCACCCUCCCCACAGUCUCCAAGAACAGGCAAAUGUGGGCGACCAGCUAACCCAAUCCCUAGACACAAAAGAGAGUCACACAUCAAGGCCGAGCACAAACGGAGGGAUAAAAUUCAGAAAGGAUUUGAAAGUUUAAGGUCAUUGGUUCCCUCCCUAGAAGAUGUGUCGGAGAAGGAAAGCAAAGCUGUUAUGCUCUUUAAAACUGCUGAAUACUGUCGGCAACUUAAGGGCCAAUGUAGGGGGCUCACCGAUGAGACGGCUGCUUUGCGGCAAGAAAUCCAGUCCUUGGGUACUCAAAUUCAUGACCUUCAGAAGGAGCUGCCAGUUACGGGAGUGGACACAGUAGAAGAACCACCCAGCACAGACAUUGACAAGCUCUAUGAGGAAUAUGUGAUGGCCCAGACCAGGAAAAACUGGAAAUUCUACCUUUUCAGUUUUAUGAUGAAGCCUCUCUUUGAGUCCUUCAAGGUCAUGGUAACCACAACAACAUCUGAUGAGUUCACCCAGUCUGUCAGUAACUGGGUCAAGGACAAACUCUCACUUCCAAACCUGAGGAUAGAAUUCUUUAACUGUUUGAGGAAAAUUAGCAAAGAAACUAAGAUCAUGGAUGCACCUGAACUUUUGCCAUUGGAAGCUCAAUGGAGCUUUGCUGGUAAAUCCAUGAAUCCAGAUUCCAAAGUCUUAAAGAUGGAAGAUGAUCAUCCAGUUAGCAUUUCUACUCCUCCAGCUACCACCAACCCUGUCCCAGUGGAAUCACAUUCCAAUAUGUGGAACAAUUCUGCCAUGUCAACAAACUGCGAGUUGACAACUGCCUGUCAGUUUGUAGCCCAGAACAAUUCAUUGAUCUCCACCAGUACUGUGGCAGAGAACUGUGUUUUACUUCAAAACAUUACAGAUACUAUCAUGAGCACUGACUCUCAGGAUCUCCAUCUAGGUCCUCUUGCUGGCAUUCCCCUCCCAACCUGUGAUACAGAGAUGUCCAUUGUGGACUCUUUUCUGAGCAAUCUGGAGAAUUCAGACUCUCUUCAUCAGCUCCUGUCUGAUCAGCCUGUCUCCCUGAGCGAUAUCAACCCUACCCCCAUCACAGAGGGUUACCUCACUGACAGUCAGCCACCAUUCACCCCAACUUUCUCCUCUCAUCUUGGGCACCAGAGUACCCCUUAUCCUCACUGACAAGUGCCCCUUAUCUUCACUGACAAGUGCCCCUUAUCUUCACUGACAAGAGGAUAAUCAUUGACUGUUAACUCCACCAUACGCAAGGGGUAUACACAUACUUGAAUUGUAAAUGUUUUGAAUUUUACAUGUAAUUGGGAUAUUUUUUUUAUUAUUUUGGGUACAUGUAUGUAAAGGUACAUGAAUAUCUUUUUUUUUUAAUGAAAGUUGUUCAUAAUUAGGUUGGUUAUUGCAGUUCAGCUUAAAUUAAAUGAAAACUGUAAAAAGAAAAAAUGUAACAUUUCCAAGCUUCAUACUAACUUUCCUGUUACAUUAUUGCUUUGUCUCUUGAAUGUGUGAUUUUGAUGAGGCACUAUAUCUCGGUGAUUUGUACUUUUUACAUGUGUGAUAUUUAUUUUGUACAUCAUGACUUACAAAGUGAAGUUUUAUACAAUUUAUACACAAGCUUUCUUUAAACAGGAUUUAUUUGGAAUAUUGCGUAUUGUAAUGAUUCCAAUACCCAUUUUCAUCUUUCUUUCUUUUUUACUUCUCUAGAAGUAAUAUACAUCCAUGUACUUUGUACAUACUGGGUCGUCAAGUUUUGUUUGUCUGCAUUUUAAAACAGGCAUUUUUAAGUCCUUCAUUAUGAGGGAACUGUAAAUAUUGUUGUAUAUUUGUCCAUGGCUUUAAAAUGUUAAUAAAGGCAUGAUUAUUUUUUUUUCA